AUGGACAAGUCUUGGAUGUUAGCCCGUAAGGGUACGACACAGUAUAAUGACAAGUGUAAAGCGUUUGUAGAAUUUGCCGUUAGUAACUGUACGGCCGCCAAUGGUAAAAUUUACUGCUCAUGUAAGUAUUGUAGAAAUAACCAGCGCCACUCCACAUAUUACGUUUUUGCCCAUCUGACAGGGGGUAUGAGAAUGUCCCCGGGGUACAUUUUAUGGUAUAUGCACGGUGAGACCGCGAUUAGUGGACCUGUUCCUGGCCGGUAUUUGAAUCCUGUGGCCACAGAUGCGACGGCCGGUAGCACAGAACAAGGUGGAGGCACAAAACAGGGCAGAGGCACAGAACUGGGCGGCGACAUGCAUGCCAUGUUGCGUGGCUACCAUGACACUUGUUUUCCAUUCGAUGUAUUUCUGAUUGGAGUAACCAUCCCAUUGUAUGUUGUACACUCGGUCAAUGAGCCAUUGAACAUCUGGGAUUUAAUUGCAAUCGUUGUCUCUGUGUGUGGCAUCAUUGUCGCGUACCAUGCGGACACGCAACUCCAUGACUUUGUGACUAGGAACAGCAAACAAAAGGAGCUUGGAAAGCCAAUGGUACCCAAUCUUGACAAGGGCUUGUGGAAUUACUCCCGGCAUCCAAAUUACUUUGGAGAGCAGUUGUGGUGGUGGGGACUGGUUAUAUUUGCAUGGAACCUGGGACAUGGAUGGACCUUUUUCGGAGCGCUUAUCAAUAGUAUGUGCUUAGCGUAUGUGACUAAGCUUGUGGAGGACCGAAUGCUGAAACAAGAUUACAGAGCUGAGGCAUAUAGGAUUUACCAGAAGACAACUUCAGUGUGGAUACCUUGGUUCAGGUCAUCCACGAUAGGAGGAAAAGAUAAAAGCAAUUGAGUUGAUAUAUUGGGCCUAAGCUCUGGUAGUUAAUUAUC